UUAUCUAUUUUAUAUAUAGUAGUUAGUAUCUGCAAAUCUCAAACUCUCAAUUACAUUUAUGAACAUCAAUCACUAGAGGGGCAAAGAAACUUGAAGUCUGCCUUUGUAAAUGGGUACCUAAGAAGUGUUCUGAGGACUGGCUCAGACUCUAUUGUAAUACUUGGGCAAGACCCUCCUCCCAUCUGCACUUUCAUUUUUCCUUCCUCCACUGUUUGUCCUUCCAUGAAAAUCAGCUGAUAAACAUUGACUCACUGUAAAAGGUAUGAUUCCCAACUUGAGCAGUCCCAUUUUUAAUAAAUUUGUAUCAGUAUUAUUUGUUCUAUAAAUAUUACUUUCUGUCUGAAAAUCCUUUAACAAAUCCCCACCAUCCAGAGAAUAAAAUUCAUGUCCCUUAGGAUCACAGCACACUUUGCCCAUCAUCCUCUGAUCCCUUUCUCUUUCCUUUUUCUCAUCUCCAUCUACUCCCUAAUCCUUGCACUUCGUGGCCCAGAUUCAUUACUUGAUUUAGUUGUAGUGACUUCUUUCUCAUAUUCAAGAACCUAUUCUUCUUUUCUUUUUAGCCUAUAAUUAAUUCUCUUCCUUCCUCAGGUCUAAGCUAUCAUCAUGGAUGCGUUAUCUUGUCAGUUUCUCCCUUACAGCAUCAAACACUAAUAUCUAUUCAGGACUUGAUAGUCAUGAAGGUCCUCAUCCUUGCCUGCCUGGUGGCUCUUGCUCUUGCAAGAGAGAAGGAAGAAUUCAAGACAGCGGGUGAGGCUGUGGAAAGCAUUUCAAGCAGUGAGGAAUCUAUUACACACAUCAACAAGCAGAAAAUUGAGAAGUUUAAAAUUGAGGAACAGCAGCAAACAGAGGAUGAACAGCAGGAUAAAAUCUACACCUUUCCCCAGCCCCAGUCUCUAGUCUAUUCUCACACUGAGCCCAUUCCUUACCCUAUCCUUCCACAAAACUUUCUGCCUCCUCUUCAGCCUGCUGUGAUGGUACCUUUUCUUCAGCCUAAAGUAAUGGAUGUCCCCAAAACUAAGGAGAUCGUCAUUCCUAAGCGCAAAGAAAUGCCCUUGCUUCAGUCUCCACUAGUGCCCUUUACUGAAAGCCAGAGCCUGACUCUCACUGAUCUCGAAAAUCUGCACCUUCCUCUGCCUCUGCUCCAGUCUUUGAUGCACCAGAUUCCCCAGCCUGUUCCUCAGACCCCCAUGAUUCCUCCUCAGUCCCUGCUGUCCCUUUCUCAGUUCAAAGUCCUGCCUGUUCCCCAGCAAAUGGUGCCCUACCCCCAGAGAGCCAUGCCUGUGCAAGCCCUUCUGCCCUUCCAGGAGCCUAUACCUGACCCCGUCCGGGGGCUCCACCCUGUGCCUCAACCACUCGUCCCUGUGAUUGCCUAAGAAGAUUUCAAAGUUAAUACCUCCUCCUCACUUUUGAAUUGACUGCGACUGGAAAUGUGGCACCUUUUCAAUCUUUGUAUCAUGUUACCAAAAUGAUUUUUAAAUGACCUCCAUGGAA